CUUUCUCUGCGGGGUGUUCUCGCUGCCGUUUCUCUGCUGGACUUCGGCUGAUCGUUCCGAUUCAGUAAGCCUGUACGGCGGCUCCAGUGUCGGACCCUGCAGCGCCGCAGGAGUAAGGGAUAAUCUAACGUUCAUCGCUAACUACACCGAUCUACCGGACGCCCUCGAGGAGUUAGAGCGAAACGCGACGACAGAGUUCUCCCACUUUACCGUCUGUCUCCGCGGAGAUGGCGCCUUUACGCUGUCCCCAGUAAACCUUACAGUCAGCGUAGGAAUUCAGUCCGCCGCGGGACCAACUACGACGGAGAGGAGCAGGAUAUACUGCAACGCGGUGCCCAGUAAAAACUACUCGGGCUUUCUUCCGCGGAUCCCAGGACGUGCGGCUGGAGAACUUACGUUUCGAGGGCUGUACAUCGCCCAUUGGUCUAGAGCUAGUGGAGACAGUCGUCAUCGUUAACUGCUCGUUCAGGUAUUUCACGGAAGCUGUGUUUGACAUCUUCAAUUGUCAAGACACAAACAUCGUCGACUCAGUUUUCGAGCAUAAUUCUGGCCAUGGUUUGUCGGGGGUCACUAGUCGAGGUAACACGGGCGGUGUUGCCAUUGGUUUUCGAAACGCUCCACCAUCCAUGAGAGAAGUUUCUGUCAUUAUUUCAAACACGACGUUCCUGAACAACACUGCAUUUUCGACCUCGUUUCUCCUGGCUCUUGAUCGUCUGGUCUACCCUGGAAGAGGAGGAGCUCUAGGAAUGUUCAUGUCCCACGCAUUUGACAACGUGACGGUAGUAAUCUCACACUGUUCAUUUGUUGAAAACACAGCAGCACUCUUUGGAGGGGGGAUAUUCUAUUUAGUCACUCACGAGAGCCACCGCCACAAGUUACUGAUUGAUAAUACGACAUUUGAUUCAAAUUCCGGUCUAUUUGGGGCCUCGGGGGUUAUGCUAGCUAAUCCGCUAUCACUUGAAGAGUUGCCAGGGGAAAGGGAACCAGUGCUAUUUAAGAUCAGAGGGUGUCGGUUUGUUAACCACACCGCCAACAGUGGAGGGAGCAUCUCCUUGUUUCCAUCCUAUCUCACUGGGAGAGGAAGUCAGAUGAUACUGAGCGACAGUGUGUUUGUCAACAACAGGGAAAACGAGUCGGAUCCUUUCGCUCACGGCUCGGCCAUCGCUAUUUCAGAGAUCAAUAUCUUCAGCGAUCGUUCGUCGAUCCCCGUGCACCAAAUCACAAACUGUACGUUUGUCAACAAUUCGGGGCAGAAUGGUAUUGUCAAUGAUGGAUAUGCUCCAAUCCUGUUCUCAGGAGCUAACAGUUCCUUGGAAACAAAGGAACACCACUGAAGUUGGUAGGGUCCUUGGUUGAGCUGACUGGUCAGAUGGACUUCAUUAACAACACUGUCAGUAAUGGGGCAGCUCUCUUCUUCACCUCCUUUGCUCAGGCUCGCCUUCAUCGCGGUCUCAGGAUCCUCUUUCAGGGAAACAUUGGAAGGUUGGGUGCUAGUAUCUUUGUGGACAACCCAACGUUCAGUCUGAGUUCUAUCUACAAUCCUCUCUGCUUCUUCCUCUACGAGGACUCUACUUCCUCCCCUACCCAGUGGGAUGAUAUCAAUAUUACCUCCACAAGAAACAGUGCUCUAGAGGGCUCGACUCUCUACAUCAGAAGACUGGAGCAUUGCAAUUGGGUCUCUCUCUCUCCUCCGUUCAACAACAACACCGCAUCAGAGAUUGGAUCAUCUGGGACAUUCGUAACAACUCCAACACUGGGUUCGAAGGUGACAUUAAAACCGACGCUUCGGAAAUGUCUGUCACUACACGGGAGGUAUCUCCGUGGCCAGGACAAAAUUUUCCAGUAUCUCUGACCGUUCGAGAUCAGUUUGACCUCCCGACCUCUGUCACUGCUCAAUUCCUCUUCAAUGUAAGAAUAUUUUUUUAAGAAUGUGCCAGGAAUUUUCCAUUGACCCAGGCUAAUGAAGGGGGAGGAGGAGAGAGGGUGGUACUGCAGCCUGAGCUGACAGCCAUCACAAGCAGAGCAGAGUUCACUCAGAACUUCAGCUCUGUGACCAGCUCUCAGGACGCCAGUGGGACCGUUCUCAUCUCAAAUGGUCUACAGAGUAAAGCUUUCCAGACCCAGCUACUGGUACUAAACUCCUUCAGCCUGGACCUGGUGCCCUGUCCUGGAGGCUAUACUCCAAUGAGUAUAGAGACCAGAGAGGGUCUGUGGGGUUGUGUGUGUGACACUGGACUAGAGAACCUCGUACUCUGCUCUUCUGACCAAGAUACUAUAUUCAUCACAUCAGGGAUGUGGGCAACAUACGUGCCUCCAGCAGUGGACGGAAGCCAUAAUAUAGAGUUCUACCCCUGCCCUCCCGACUAUUGCUCCUGUGUUAACGAUGUAAUCACCGAUGUCAGUGGAACUGUGUGCAUGUAUGCCUAUACCAACUCGAACCCUGACCUACAGUGCAGCUGCAACAGAAGAGGUGUGCUGUGUGGAGAAUGCGCCAAUUCCUCAUCGGUGACUGCUCUAUUCAACCGCUGUUCAGACUGCUCCAACCACUCAUUUCUGCUCAUCCCUGCCCUCAUCAUUGUUGAUGUGGUUGUGUCUGUUUUCAUUGCUGUCCUCAAUGCCCCACUGCCCGAAUGGACCUACCCUUUCCUCUUCUAUAUCCAGAUGGCUCCAUACGCUGUCCAAUAUUUUCCACUGAGUUUCAGCACCGUCGGGAAAUAUCUGUACUUCGUAGGCAGUGCCAGUAGCUUCUACUUUGUCUAUGAUUUCUGUCUCUACAACGGAAUGACAUCACUCGGAGGGUCAGCACUGCGCUACCUACCUCUCCUGACCGGGGCCGCCACUCUUCUACCACUCCUGGGGCUCAAACUAUGUAUGUCGAAGCGACGUAGCACCAUCAAGUACCACGGACUGUGGAUGAUAGUUCUUCUGUCCUUCUCUCACGUGGUCUACACAUCAAUGAGUCUCCUAAACUGCCCCUCUAUUACUGACAGCAACGGACACACCUCCCCCAGGUGGUUUGUGAAUGGUGAGGUAGAGUGCUUCAGUGGUUCUCAUCUCUACCUGGGAGUGGCAGCUGGCAUCAUUCUGCUCCUGGCCUUCCUCCUUACUGUCACUACCACUGUACUCCCUCUCACACAGGCCAGACACAAGAGGCAGUGGGUCACAAAGUUGAGCAGCACUCUCUCGUUUAGCUACAGAGACAAAUGCGAGUGGUGGGCCAGCGUUGAACUGUCCAGGAGAAUCUUCCUCAUCUUUGUCCUUCUCACCUUCCCCAGAAACACGACACUGGUCAUUCUGGUACUAGCUGGUAUCCUAGCUCUAUUUGGACACGCCCAUCCCUACAAACACCGCCUCACAAACAUCUCCGAAGUGGCUGUUCUCACAAACUUCAUCAUUCUCCUCGCUCUUCGACAAACGCCUUACGUCAUCGACGAGUACUUCCAGUUCCCCAGCGAGGAGGGAGAGGGUGGGUGUGGUGACAACGUUCCAAGGGGCGUGGCUACAAUAUCGUGGAUUCUCCUACCUCUGUACUACCUGCCAGUGCUGGUCUUUGCUGUGUUGAUAAUUGCCCGUAUAGUUCUGUAUGGGGCGCCUCCUCUUUGGGCACGUGUGAAGAAGAUAAAGAUAAGAAGACGCGAGGAGGGAGGUUUCCAUGACAACUCACUGAGUAUGAGUCACAGAAGACCAGCUAGCAGCAUGCCCACCACACACACCAGUCUCAGAAUCGCACGAGGUGUGACCCACGGCAUCGCCUCUGUCAUUAGGUCAAACAAGAAGAAGAAAUCUUGGAGAAAUAACGGUCUCGAACUUAGAGCUACUACAGCUGAUGAUCAUGAAGACCUCAUUGAUCCAUUUUUGUGACGUUUUCAAUUUUAGCUCCUCUGUUUCUGUCAUGGGUUUGUGCAAUCACUAAUAAUAUCUUUUGCCAGUUUAAUAUUUCGGGCCAAGUGAUGUACCUCCUAAUAUGGACAUGUUGGUAUAUACCAGGCCUUUUGUCCUUUUACAGGGAGGUUGUCCAUAAAAGCUGGGAUCUAAAAGUGUGAGUGGUAGUCGAUCAGUUAAUGGGAGUGUUCUUUAUCAGAGGUUCUAAUAUAUACCAUCAGGACACUCAACUUGGUGUGUUAAAAAUCAUAUCAGUAACUAAAAUGAAC